AUGAGCGAGAAUGAUCACCCGACAAAUUCGCGGAAAGUCGGCGUCGUCUACCUGGAGCCCCCGUACUUUGAGCUGCCGCUGCUCAUCCGCGACUCGUUCUACGAGCGCGGCUGGGAUUGGGUGACCAAGGUGCGCCGGAUGGUCCGGCGCAAACUGCGAGGCAUCGAGUAUCUGUUCAACGGCGAGGAGACCGAGACCGAGGACGAGGACGACUCGAUGCGGGUCAAGGACCAGAAGCAGACGUCGCAGCGGGUGAUGGAGGAGAUUGCGGCAAAGGAGCCCGAUCUGAAAGCCGUCCCGACUCGCCCGGUGCUCCGAAGACCCGGCCAGCCGUCGCGAGUCCGACUCCGCCAGCCCAACAACAAUUCGCCCAAGAAAACAACGAGCGGUGAGCGGAAGGCGGUCAUCGGCGACGACGGGCUGGUCACGCGGCUGACCGACGACAGCGACAGCGACGGCGAGAUCCAGUACAGGGACGACCCGCCGCCACCGCCGCCUCCACAACAACCACCCGUCAACCCGAACGCGGCAAGUCGCACUGAGGAGGAGGACGAGGACGAUGUGCCGAUAGCUGGUGGCCUGGCAUCAAAGGUGAUGCGCAAAGACACGCUUGCCCUGCGCCUCGACCAGCAAGAGGAUUUCAACGGGCAAUCGGCCGACGAGCGGAGGGAGAACAUGCAGAGCGCGUCGGCCAGGUUGCUGCGCAAGCUGAGCGAGCGGCCGACGGCCACCGAGCUCCUCGACCGCAACAUUCUCCGUGGGGACGAAGACCAGCGCGUGAUCAGCAUGGAGGAGAAGCGGAAGAUGCUGCUCAGGAAGCUCUCCUUCCGCCCAACCAUCCAGCAGCUGAAAGACCAACAAAUCAUCCAGUUCAACGACUACGUCGAGGUGACAGAGGCCGAGGUGUACGACCGAAAGGCCGACAAGCCCUGGACGCGGUUGACGCCCACUGACAAGGCGCUCAUCCGCAAGGAGCUCAACGAUUUCAAGGCCACCGAGAUGGACGUGCACGAGGAUAGCAGAAUGUUUACAAGAUUCCACAAGCCG